GCCAGUUUGAGCCAUUUGCAAGGAGCCUCUACGACUGGCCAUGACGACGGAAGAAGCGAUCGUCCGCGCCCGCAUCGCAGCGCUCAAGAACGUCAUCGCCGCCCGCGAAGGCGGCGCCGCAAUGGUGCGCGCCGUGCCCAAGUACACUCGGCCGAGCGCCUACCCGCGGCCAGCAUACGCGCCGUACCAGCCGCGCCGGCCGUUGCCAAAGUCCCGCAACUUGACGUGGAAGGCGCCGGACGCGUCGCCGCCUGCUCCAGCGGUCCAUGUGCGAUCGAUUCGUGAUCCUUGUUGCGACGAUGUCUCAUGAUGGCAUCUGGCCUAGGCGGUGGCUCCGUUGCCGUACUGCCUCCCUCUUGCCGCGACGGCGUGCCCGACAUCAUCGCUCUGUGUAGGUCGCCGAGCCAGAAUUACAACACGUCCAACAGCACCGCGCCAGCUGCCGUCAAGCCGCGAAGCGCAUUCACCGUUUCGCCGUCGCCAGCCUCGGCGACCACGCGCACCGAGUACUGCCGCUACUACACUCGCUUUGGCGUCUGCAACAAGCAGAACGCAUGCCCGUUCAUCCACGACAGCCGCAAGGUGGCCGUGUGCCGCAAGUUUCUUCGCGGCGAAUGCGACGAUGCGGCGUGCACGCUGUCACAUGUCCGCGACCAGAACAAGAUGCCAGUGUGUACACGCUUCCUAAAGGGGGUGUGCACACGGGAGGACUGCCCAUUCCGGCACGUCAACGUCAGCCGUGACGCUGCGAUCUGCGAUGCGUUUGUGCGGGGCUACUGCCCCGACGGCGCCGACUGCCGCAUGAAGCACGAGCUGCCAAAGAGCAGCAAGUCGUUUGGCGGCGAGGCGCUGGUUGGCCACGUCGCGCCGGCAUCGCCCGUCGAUGCCGCGCCGACGACCGAACCAGCGCUCUCGAUCCGGCCCACGAUUCGGUUCCAGCCGCGGGUAGCGCCGUGAGGAGCAUCUACGAGUUCUAGUCUUUUUGUGUUAAUGCAUGCUGCGGUUUUGCCACGU